AUGACGGAGAACCAUACCCCUUCUACUACACAGGCAACGCUGCCUGCGCCUGUUGCUGAACCGGCGCCGAUACAGGCAACUCCGACUCCUUCCGCCUCCGUCACCGCGACUGCCGCCGCCGCUACUGCUGCGGUGAAUAGCCCCUCUAUGAACUGCGCCGGUGAGCAGUUGCCGUGCCAGUGGGUUGGAUGCACUGAGAAGUCUCCCACCGCCGAGUCUCUAUAUGAGCAUGUUUGUGAGCGCCACGUUGGACGUAAAAGCACCAACAACCUCAACCUGACCUGCCAGUGGGGCACUUGCAACACCACAACAGUCAAGCGUGAUCAUAUCACCUCCCACAUCCGUGUUCAUGUGCCACUUAAGCCUCACAAGUGCGACUUCUGCGGAAAGGCUUUCAAGCGCCCCCAGGAUUUGAAGAAGCAUGUCAAGACUCAUGCGGACGACUCGGAGAUCCGCUCCCCCGAACCGGGCAUGAAGCACCCUGAUAUGAUGUUCCCUCAAAACCCUAAGGGCUAUGCUGCUGCCACACAUUACUUCGAGAGCCCGAUCAACGGUAUCAAUGGCCAAUAUUCACACGCGCCACCUCCGCAGUACUACCAGCCACACCCCCCACCUCAGGCCCCCAACCCGCAUUCCUAUGGAAAUGUAUACUAUGCCCUGAGCCAAGGACAAGAGGGAGGCCACCCGUAUGACCGUAAGCGCGGAUAUGACGCGUUGAACGAGUUUUUUGGCGACUUGAAGCGUCGCCAGUUCGACCCUAAUUCCUAUGCCGCGGUCGGCCAGCGUUUGCUUGGUCUGCAGGCCCUUCAGCUCCCCUUCCUCAGUGGCCCUGUGCCUGAAUAUCAACAAAUGCCUGCUUCUGUUGCGGUCGGCGGCGGCGGUGGUGGUUACAGCCCUGGUGGUUCCCAGCCUCCUGGCUACCACCUUCCCCCCAUGUCCAAUGUUCGGACUAAGAACGAUUUGAUCAACAUCGAUCAGUUCCUCGAGCAAAUGCAGAACACUAUCUAUGAAAGCGAUGAGAAUGUGGCGGCUGCCGGCGUUGCCCAGCCCGGCGCGCAUUACGUGCAUGGUGGCAUGAACUAUCGCGCUACCCACUCCCCGCCUACCCAGCUCCCGCCAAGCCACGUCACCGCAACUACCUCAGCCCCCAUGGGGGCUGCUUCGGCCCACUCCCCAUCGGUCGGCACCCCGGCUCUGACCCCGCCUUCGAGCGCACAGUCGUAUACCUCCAACCGCUCUCCUAUCUCCAUGCACCAUGCCCACCGCGUGUCGCCUCCUCACGACAGCGGCCCGGGUAUGUACCCUCGCUUGCCGUCGGCCACUGUCGCCGACAGCAUGAAUGCAGGCUACCCGGCAGCGUCAGGCGCCGCACCACCCUCAACUCUGAGCGGUGCGUAUGACCACGACGAUCGCCGCCGCUACACUGGAGGUACCUUGCAACGCGCCCGGCCGGCCGAGCGUGCUGCCACCGAUGACCGCAUGGACAUCUCCCAGGAUAGCAGGAAUGAUGGCGAGCGCACUCCCAAGGCUAUUCACAUCUCGGAGAGCCUAAUUGACCCCGCUCUGUCGGGUACCUCUAACCCCGAUCAGGAGGCAGUCAAGCGCACUGCGCAAGCGGCCACUGAAGUCGCCGAGCGGGAUGUCAACGUUGCGUGGGUGGAAAAGGUCCGGCUGCUUGAGAACCUGCGUCGCUUGGUUUCUGAAUUGCUGGAGGCUGGUAGCGUUACUGCUGGAUAUGGAGUGCAGACCUCCUCGGCUUCUCCUACAUCAGGACUUGAUGCCAUGGAGGGAGUUGAGACUGCCAGUGUACGUGCUGCUUCUGAGCAGCCCAGGGAAGAGCCCAAGUCCGAAAGUGAGGGAGUCUUUUAUCCCACGUUACGUGGUGUGGAUGAGGAUGAGGAUGGGGACUCCAAAAUGCCUGAGUAA